CCCCUCCGAACCUCUCGGAGGCCGGUCCGCCUCCGGUCACCCCGAGAUGACGGCCCUGCAAACCGUGAGGAGGGGUCCGGCCUAGCUGCUGACUCACGAGGCCCAUGGAGGAUCUGGGGACCGUCCCCCGCUGCGGGGACCUGCUGGAUUAUAAAACCGAGAAGUAUGUCAUCACCCGGAACCGGCGGGUGGGCGGCCUGCACCGGCUCGCCCAGCUCGCCAUCCUGGGCUACGUGCUGGGGGUUUCCUCUCCGUGUUCCCCCCACCGGCCUCCACCACCACACCUGGCCAGCUGGGCCCUCCUAGCCAGGAAGGGCUACCAGGAACGGGACUCGGACCCCCAGGUAUCGGUCAUCACCAAGCUCAAGGGUGUCUCAGUCACGCGGGUCAAGGAGUUUGGGGACAAGCUGUGGGACGUGGCUGACUACGUGAAGCCCCCGCAGGGUGAAAAUACGUUUUUCCUGGUGACCAACUUCCUGGCUGUGCCCAGGCAAGUCCACGGCCUAUGUCCCGAGCAUCCCUCUGUCCCCCAGGGGCAUUGUGUAGGAGACCUGGACUGUCCUGCUGGAGAGGGAGUGACCCAUGGACAUGCUCUGCCCCAGGACGGCCAGGGGACCUCAGCCAAGUCACUGCAGCUCUCCGACCCUCAGAUCCUCAAUUGCACAAUGGGCGGGAUAAAGACGGGGAAAUGCGUGGCAUUUAACUCAACCCACUCCACCUGUGAGGUGGUGGGCUGGUGCCCCGUGGAGAGCGGCUCCGUGUCCAGGAGCGCCCUUCUAGCUGAAGCGGAAAACUUCACUCUGUUCAUCAAAAACACCGUCACCUUCGCUAAGUUCAACUUCUCCAAGUCAAACAUGCUAGAAGCCAAGGAGAGCACCUACUUAAAAGGCUGCCACUACGACCCCCAGUCCAGCCCGUUCUGCCCCAUCUUCCGGGUGCACGACAUGGUGGAGGAGGCUGGGGAGACCUUUGGAUCCCUGGCCCCGCUGGGUGGAGUCAUCAGGGUUCAGAUCGACUGGGACUGCGACCUGGACCUCGCCUCCGAUGAGUGUCGGCCUCGAUACUCCUUCCGGCUGCAGGAGAGGAACUACAACUUCAGGACCGCGUCUUACUGGUGGGAGCCCGAGGGGCGAGAGGCCCGCAGCCUCCUCAAGGUGUAUGGGAUCCGCUUCGACAUCCUGGCCCGCGGGCAGGCUGGGCGAUUUGGGGUCAUCCCGCUGGCCGUCACUCUGGGCACGGGGCUCGCGCUGCUGGGAGCCGCCACAGUCCUCUGUGACAUGCUCCUGCUCUACCUGGACGGGGAAGCUGCCUUCUACUGGGGGGUGAAGUAUGAAGAGGCUAAGGCUCCCAAGAACCCCAAAGGCUCGCUAGAGGAAGCUCCCUGCUGAGCACCAUUUCAUCUGGUUCCAUCUUGUCCCGAUUUGCCCACCCCUGCACGGGGAAGGAAGAGGCGACCCAAUCUGACCCUGUUCGACCCAGUUCAGCCCGGCCCGCCGACGGCUUGUCCCAACCUUCCGCUCACUGCAGACAACGCCACCGUUCUACAAUCACAUCUUCUACAAAAGGCCUUCCCUGGCCGCACUCAGCCCCACUGGGAAGCGUGUGGAUUCCCUCUGCCGAGUGGGCAGACCAGCCGGAGCGAACCACACCCUGGUGCUCAGGCCAGCCUCCACCUCACCCCCUCCGGGCCCCCGGCCCACCCCGCCCCAAGCCCCCAAGGUCCCCCCGGGGUUUUGGACGAGAGUCAACCGAGGACAACUACGGAAUCUGUUUAGAAUAAACCUUCCAGGAAGAAAUCAGGGUUACCUGUUCCAGCCCCUCAGUGGGCGAAGGGGUCGGUGGGCGAGAGGGUCUGCGGGCCGUCCCACCUGAACCAGGUAAGGGAGCAACCGGACCCUCAGCUCCUUGGGAAGGGGAGGGGCUGCUGCACCGUAUCUGCCCCA